GAUGGUGAAGGAGGAGAGAGAAGAACUGAGUGAAGAUGAGGAGAAACAUCAUGUCAAAACUGAAAUCGGAGCUCAGACAAAGACUGAAGAUAGUUUUUUAUUAGAAAGAACAGCCAUAAAUGUUUUCACCUGCACUCAAUGUGGAAAGAGUUUCAGCUACGAAUACAGUCUCAAGUGUCACAUGAUGAUCCACGCUGGAGAAAAAACACACAGAUGUGAUCACUGCAGCAAAACAUUUUUGAUUUCUUCAGCUCUGAAGAGACAUCUUAGAGUUCAUACAAACGAGAAGCCUCAUUCAUGUGCUCAGUGUGGAAAGAGUUUUACACUGCUGUCAUAUUUAAGAAAACAUGAUAAGAUCCACACUGGUGUGAAAGAGUUUGUCUGCUUUGAGUGUAAGAAGAGUUUUUUUAGAGCUGAAGACUUGAAGCUGCACCAGAGGAUUCACACUGGAGAGAGACCAUAUAAGUGUUCACACUGCGACAAGAGAUUCAGACGGUUACAAACAAUGAAAACACACAAGAGGACUCACACUGGAGAGAGACCGUUUACAUGUACUCAGUGUGGCAAGAAUUUCAGGCAAUCAUCUUCCCUUAAUAAUCACAUGAAGAUCCACACUGGAGGGAAAACACACAAAUGUGAUCAGUGCAGCAAAAUAUUUUUGAGGCCUUCAGAUCUGAAGAUCCAUCUUAGGUUUCAUACAAAUGACAAGCCUUAUUCCUGCUCUGAGUGUGGAAAGAGUUUCGCAACACAAUCACAUUUUAAAGACCAUCAGAAGAUCCACACUGGUGUGAGAGAGUUUGUGUGCUUUUUAUGUAAGAAGAAUUUUUUUACAUCUGGAGACUUGAAAAAGCACCAGAAAAUCCACACUGGAGAGAAACCGCAUGUGUGUUCACACUGCAACAGGGGAUUUAUUAAUUCAGGACAGCUAAAUAUUCACGAGAGGAUUCACACUGGAGAGAAACCGUACACAUGUUCUCAGUGUGGGAAGACUUUCAGGCAAUCAUCAAACUUUAAUAAACACAUGAAGAUCCACACUGGAGUGAAAAAGCUUAAAUGAGAUCAAUGCGGCAAAACUUUUUAGGGCGUACGAGCUUAAGAAACAUCUUAAUGUUCAUAGUGAGGAGAAGCUUUAGUCCUGUAUUUUGGUCCUGUUAGAUCUGAGUGCUGCAUUCAAUACUAUAUGUCAUAGUAUAUAGUUGAAAAGUCUUCACUAUCAGUUCACUAUCUGGAAUUCCGUUAAACUGGUUUACAUCUUUUCUUUCCGAAUGGUUUUUGACACAUACAAGGUUAGAAUAUUUAUCUUGUGCCCACUCAUUUUAAUGCAACAAUAAAAAUUCAAUUUUGUAACUCAUAAGGAGUGUUAAAUGGGCCAUGGAUAUUUAGUAGAUUCACAUCAGGGCAGACAAAGAACCUCCCCAAUCAAUACCAAUGUUCACCCAUCAAGAGGAAAUACUGUGAACCAGCCUGAAGAAAGAAUGAAUGUGAAAAGAUUAAAAGAUUAGCCAGUUUUAUUGUAUAUGCAGAUGAUUAUAAUGUAAAUCUAAAUGACAGUUUACAUAUUUUAGAGGGGAGACACAAGUAAGAGCGCGACCAAUAAUCGCUGAUAGAUGUCACCCUAAUCAAGACCAUGCAAAAUACAAGCCCAAAAUUCCGGAAGAUCUCACUGUUGCUUACAUACUAAUGCCAAUAGUUUCUAUGUAUACACAGAAAAAAGUUCCUGUAUCUUUAGAGAAAUGUAGUAAUUUUGCUAUUAAAUUACUAUUUAUAGUAAGUAACAUGUUAUGCUACUUUUCAUUACCUUUGCGGAGGCUUUAUCUCUUUCAGAACUUGCAGGUAGGGUUGGGCGAGGUCGACCAAUUUGGCAUCGUACGAUAUCUAAUGUGAAGCAUCACGAUGGACGAUGGCAUCGUCGUCGUAGGCGGCGCUGAAUUAAUUAUUUAUGAAUGCAUAAUCAUGCCAGUCUGAAAAACGGCAGAUUUAGAGCACCGAUAGACACCAUAAGAGUUCACAAGAGUUCAUUGCCUAAAAGUAACUGUUAAUCAGAUGCAUUGUUUGUAUAGUUUAUCCUAAAUAGCACACUAAAUAGCACAACACUGAAUACUUAAUACAAAAAACUAAAUACAUUUUAUGAAAUUAGAUGUAAUUUGAAUAAACGCAUACAUUUGAUUGACUGAAGCAUCUAUUACACAAACUGACAUUACUAAACAGGUGGACGCCCCCUCGAUCGUCAAUGUAUAAUUCGCAUACUGAUGCUACCCACUGUGCCGCCCUUUAAUAGCUAUUAAUAAAAAAUAAAAAGUAGUUCAGAUUACAUUUUUAAAAAGUAGCUCGAAUAUUAUUACUCAUUUUUUUUUUUAAAUCAAUGCGAUAUACUACUCGUUACUUAGAGAAAUCAUAUUAUUACGUAACUUGCGUUAUUGUAAUGCGUUAGGCCCAACAACAGCUAUAGGCAUUUUCAAUCUAAAUACACGAAUCAUAGAUAACAGCAUUUGGGGUUAUGGCCGAUCGCUGUGUGUUUAUAUUUACUUUUAUAAGUAAAUCUGAAUGUCAAUCGCAAGCUAUCUACUGAGGUUUAUCUGUCAUAGAGGUUGCUGAUAGUUUCACUUUCACAUUAUGUGAAAUGUAUGCAUGGAAUUGUCAAUUUAAGUUCUACACCGCGCCUCAUAGCUAUUGACCAAUCGGCAGAAAAAAGCUUCUCAUGCACGCCCACAUGUUGAA